CAUAACAGGUGGUAGCUUACCAGCUGUCAUGAGUCAUAUACCUAAUAUAUAUACAGCGUAAAAUUCUGCUCCGUACACAUCAUUCGUUACUAACAGACAAACCAUCAUGAAGAGCUACCUGGCAAUUGCAUUAGUCAUCUACUGGAUGGGAACAGUCGCAGCUGAGGGACCAGACGCAGCUGAGGGACCAGGCGGAAAUUCUGCUGGGACGGAAAAUGAUGGAAAGGCUGAGGUCACAACAACCGAAAACAGUGGAAAGACUGGCGAUAAGGCCACAACAACGGAAAACAGUGGAAAGGCUGGCGAUAAGGCCACAACAACCAGCGGCACUGAAAACACGUACGAUCAUUCAGCAGUGUUUGAACAUUAUGGAUUUGGAAGAUUAUCAAAGCCUUCAGCAGGUACAGUAACACCAGCCACCUCUCCUCCUGCUGGCGACGCCCCUAAAUAGGGAGUCCUUGGAACCCGCCUGUGAAUUGAAUCCAAAUAAGAAAUGGCGAUCAUUGAUACAGGAAUAUUAAAAAAUGUUAUGUCAAUAAUUAAUUCAAUAUUAUAAAAUUAUUUUUGUUUGGGUUGUUGUUGUAAGUUAUUGUAAUGGCAUGUUUUAGUAAAGACUAUUGUUAUGUGAAA